UUUACCGCGUAAGGUUUAGGAUGAAGACUGUAAGCAUUUUGCUAAUAUGGCUGGCCUGCACUUUUGGAGCAAAUAUUCCACCAACACAAUGCCCUUUGGCAACUAAUUGUGGUAAGGUGGAUGAGUCAAGUGCUAUUUGCGGAUUAGAUGAGGAGGUGGGUUGUAUUCGGAAAUAUCCCUCCAAGUGUCAUUUGGAUAUAGCAGCAUGUCAGGAAAAAGGAAAAAAUUUCACUGACUAUAGUGAGGUUUACUGCUCAUUGGAGCCGUAUCUCUGCGAAAAGUCACCCACAUAUGAGCGCUGGACCAUUCUCUAUGGUCACGAGGAUGAAUAAAAAUAUACUUUUAUAAUUAACGGGAGACACGUGCUGAAAUAUUACGCUUAUUAUUCUACUUCGGUAAUCUUACUGCAUUACUAACUCAACAAAAUUUAUUUUACUCUAAACGUAUUACUUUGCUCGUGCUAAAACUACAACAAAGUAAUAUCAGCUUCAAAAAUUAGUAAUACAAGAUCGAUAUUGACAUGGUUUAAUUAGGCAAAGAAAAUUAUACUGUUUUAAAAAGGAAAAAGCAUUAUAAGAAAUACUACCAGUUGGGAAUGAGGCUUUCGACCAUUGUUUUGUGCUGCUUAAGUGAGUGGUUGUUAAUUAAAAAAAAAUUAAAAAAUCUUUGGAACAAAAAUCUAACAGUUUACAGUCUGAAAGCGAGUGGUAUGCCAAAAAAUAAUUGCCCUUCCGAGAGAAUUUGUGGAGAAGUAAGCGAAUCAAAAGCCGUUUGUGUUUUGGAUGAAAAUAAAAAUUGUAUAAGAAAGUUUAA